CGUCCGGUCGCGCUCCGGUCGCGCUCCGGGUGUCAACACCUCGCACUCCUUCGCCGCGCUCGUGUUCCUAUCUCCCGGAGGUGUUGGGACUCGCGCGGUCGCUCCCGUGGCUUCCGUGUGUGUGUUCUUGUUGUUGGUGUGUGUCGUGAGGGGCUGCUCUCAGUGUUGUCUUCAUCGCGGUGCCGCCGUAGCCGCCGUCCUCCGCACCGCCUCUCGGGGAGGGCCCCCGCUGUUGUGCCGAGUGGCGCGGGCCUGGCGCGGGCAGGCUGACCGCUGAGGACGGAUGUGUCGGCUAAGGGCGCUCAGGGCUCCCCGCUCCGCUCCACCGCGGCGAAGGCCCUUGUCCUUAGGACCGCCCUCGCCGCCCUCGCCGCCCUCAUGGUGCUCGUCGUCUCCUUCUGCUCCGUCUUCUCCAUCCGCCUCGGCUCCAUCAUCGUGGGGGUCUUCUCGCUGAUGCAGGCGGCGGCGAUGAAGCUGGCCUGCAUCAUCGGCCUCCAAGACAUCCAGGGGGUGUCGCAAAACCUCAAUGACUUCAUGUACGAGAAGGACUUCAUUUUUAUGACUAGUUUCGUUAGUAGCAUUAGAAAAAAUCCAGAACCCUACAUUGUAGGCACACUCAUCAUUUUAAUAGUGUACUCGUUUUCGUGCAUCCUCAUGAUCUACGGCGCUUUGAAACUGAACGCGUGGCUCGUGAUGCCGUUCGUGGCGGCCGAGUUCCUGCGCCUGUGCGCCACGCUGGGGCUGCUGGUGGCCUCCAUGCUGGUCCUCAAGAAGAACAGCCUGGACCUGGGCCCGCUCAUGGGGGGCAGCUGCGGCGGCGGCUUCCUCAUGGUGCUGCUGCUGUACAUGUGGGCGUGCCCGCUGAGCCUGGUGCAGGAGCUUCUGCGACGGCGGCGCGAGCAGCGGGAGUUGCGCGCCAAGGCCAAGCAGCUUCACGGCCUGCACGGCCUCCCCGCCAACGGGCUGGGUUACGCCAACGGCCUGGGCUACGCCAACGGGCUCGGCCACGACGUGAUGGGCCCCCCGGUGACGCGCGGCCCGUCGGCCAUGCCGUCGGCCAUCGACGCGGACAAGGCGCUGGAGGCCAAGAAGCUGUGGCACCACACGACCCAGCUCACGCAGCCCUACCCCUACAUCACGCAGUACCCGGCCUACCGGGGCUACCCCAUGUACAUCGACUAGCUGCAGCCGGCCACCCUGGACCACCACCCGACGUCUUGCCGCCUCGGAAGAUCGCUUCGUCGCUCCGUCUCUCUCGCGCACACGGAGACCCCCAUAAGUGCGACAGAGACAGAGCGGCGAAACGAAUCUUCUGAUUCGCUCCGGGUUGGCAGCUCAUAAUAAUGCUUUAGCCACCUGUUGACUGCAGCAUUUUGCUAUUAGCGCUAAUUUGUUAGUGUAUUAUGAUCCCAUCGAAUUGGGUGCACAUUACAUUUUAUAAUGCAUCCACUCUCUCCAGCAACUAUCAUUAUUUACUAGUUCUAUUCUAUCAAUUUUGGAAUAAUCCUAGCAUGAUCUUUGCAAUAACUUAUUAUUGUUUGUCUCACUGAGUGAUCCAUUUUAUUUGAGAUGUAAGGAAUGGUAAAUUUUACUGGAAAAUAAAGCUUUGUAGAACAUACACAAGUCA